AUGCCGGCUGCUACCAUCCCGAUCGUGAAGAAGCGGACGAAGAAGUUUGCUCGCCACCAGUCUGACCGCUUCAAGCGUGUUGGUUCUUCGUGGCGCAAGCCCAAGGGUAUCGACAACGCUGUCCGCCGUCGCUUCAAGGGCACCAUCCGCAUGCCCAAGAUCGGCUACGGCUCGAACAAGAAGACCCGCCACAUCAUGCCGAAUGGUUACCGCCGCUUCGUUGUUGCGAACACCAGCGACAUUGAGCUCCUCUUGAUGCACAACAACACCUUCGCUGCUGAGAUUGCCCACAACGUGAGCAGCAAGAAGCGCAUCCAGAUCCUCGAGAAGGCUAAGAUUCUCGGUGUCCGUGUUACCAACGCCAACGCGCGCGUUCGCGCCCAGGAGGCGUAA